AUGUCUCCCGAUGAAGAAGAAGAUUUGCUGCGAUCCUUCCUGAACGAGGUCGCGGACGCUGAACCGAGCCUACAAACCUUCUUAUCCCGCCGCAGCAAACAUGAAGGAACGCCAGGAAACAGCGGUGAUGGCUCCGCUCGCCAGCAGGGACAGCGAGAAGCAGCACAACUUACAGCCUGGACCGCGGGUCCGCUAAGGCGCAAGCUACGGGAGCUCUCUGCUCUCCAUGUAUCCGACGACGGGCCUUCACCGGGGGGAACAGGCGGCGUGUCGGCGGCGUUUGCGGUCGCCGCCUCUCCGGGCCUGGUCUACGCUGCCCUUGACGCACUGGUGCGUUUGGUCUUGCGGCUCCUUCUGUUGGUGGACGCGGCUUCUAGCGACGCAACACCGACGCUGCUGUCGCCGAAACAGGAGUCGGCAGACGCACUGCCGCUGGCGAGCCUGGUCGAUCUCACCCUCCUCUGCCUCGCCAACCUUGCGGAGAGCCCUUCGUGGCGCCACGUCUUCUUCAGGGUGCUGCACGAGGUCCAACUGGAGCAGCAGCAUUCGAGAGGGGGGGCCGGCGGCAGUAGCGGAGGAGAGGCAAGCACCGCCGCUGGUACUACCCUACAAGAGUACCUCUGGCGGAGGGUCGUCGUCGCCGAUAGGACUACCGCCGGUGGCGCGGCAAUGUCCGAGGCGAGGCCGUCGCCGCCAGCGCCCGCGGUACACCUCGCUGCCGUCCGGCUCUGCUGCAGCAUGGUGCGCCACUGCCCUCUCUCCUUCUCCGCGUCCUCCUACGCCUCGCUUGCGCCGUACCUCACGGAGUACCUUCUCGGUGAGGGCGGCGGCGACGGUGGCGGCGGCGGCGGUGGCGGCGGCGGUGGCGGCAGCCACACGCGCAGAGGCAGUAGCAGCAGGAGCAACGACAGCAAGGGUGGGUGGGGGGCGCAGACCGACCUCAUGGUGGUACUAGAUCUUUUUGCGGCGUGCGCCCGAGGUAGCCCGCACUUCCGGCAGUACGUGAAGGGGCUCCGGCGGAAGCGGGAGCUAUUCCGCCGCCUUCUCGGGCUGCUGGGUCCGAUGUGUGACGGCAGGAUUGUGGUUCGGGCGCUGUGCGCCCUCACCAGGGUGUUGGCGGGCGAUCCUCUCGAGGGAAAGGUCUUCGAUCGCGGCAACGCCCUCGAGACAGCUUCCCUCGUCAUCGACAACCUCUUGGACCUCUCCGGUUACUCUGAGCGCGUCGCAUGCGUCGAUAGCCUGACACCCAAGCACGGCCGCGCCGGCGCCGGCAGGGGUAGGCUCGGCGAGCAGCGGCGGUUCGCCGACGUGGCGUCAGAACUCGCCCGAAGCCAAGUGUUCACGUCCGUUCUCGUAGACACGGGGCGCCUCGCUUCGUUCCUCGGCGAAGCGGUGGCGGUGCUCGCACGAGCGGCCGCAGACGUCUUCGGCCGGUUGUCCACCGACAUCGCCGCCGCCGGCACUACCGCCGCCGCUGCCGUUGCAACGGAACGAAGAGCGUCGCGACGCCAGGAAGACACGACGCGCCCCGAGCCUCUCCUCCGCGCGCUCUGCUCCUUCUGCUUGGAGCACAGCCCGGCGCGGUCGACCUUCAUCCAGGCGCUUCUAGAUAGCAGCGGCAGCAGCAGCAGCAAGCAGGCCGCAGCGGCAACGGCCAGGACGUCCUCUACUCUCGCGGCAGACCCGUGCGCCGCGCUGUUCGUUCUGUGCCUCCACCCCCACACGCCGUCUGCAGCGGCGGCUUCCACGCUGCUGCAGUGUCUGCUGGUAGGGGGCGGCGCGCUCGGGGCCGUCAGCGGGCCGUCCACCGGGGCGGCGGCGGGGGUGGGAGUCAUCCCCGCGGGCUUCCUUCUCGGCCCGACCGGCGUCGGGGUGUCGUGGACGGCGGCGGCGGCGGCGGGGAUCGGCAGGGAGGACCCCCUGCAAGCGGCUCUGUUGGAGCGGAUAGGCGCGGUGGCGCUCGGGGGCGGCAGGCAUAGCAAGUGGACGCCCGCCGCCGGGAGGGGUGGCGAUGGCGGUGUGAGGGGCGCCGACGGCAGUCGUAGCAGUGAUGAGUCCGAUGGUUCUGACGAUGCUGGUAUUGACGGCGGCGACGGGGAUGAGCGUUCGUUUCGCUGCGGGUCGGGCUUGGAGCACCCCGCCGGCCUCGCCGAUGCCGCUUCUAAUUUCGAAGGGCCGGGGGGGGGCUUGAGCCUCCUCGUGCUGCGGCUUCGGCAGAUUGGCGGCGACCUGGCGUCGGCGCAGGCGAAGCAGCAGCUGGGGCUUUCGUCACCGUCACUGGUAGCGGCGAGGCCGGCUUGGCCUUUGUCCGCCGCGAUCGGAGCCGGGGUGCUGAAGGCCCGCGCGGUGGAGAUGGAGCUGGAGCUAACGUCGGUCUUGUGCCUGCUGUCGUCGUUGGCGCUCGCGGUGCCGGCGGCCGGGCGCGCUCUGGCGCGCGCGCUUCCCCUCGAGGCCGCCUUCGCCCCAGUCCUCGCGGCGCAACGGUGCGUGCUCUCCGGGACCGAUCCUGCGGACUUUCCCCGUGCACCCGUCGAGAUCGUGCUCGUGUCGCUGACUUUGAUAGCGCAGCUCGGGGUGAAGCUGAGCGGCACCGGCGGUGGAAGCGGGGACGUUCGAAGGUGGAUCUAUAACAAGGGGGUAUGUUGUAGGCCGGCAGCUCUGGUUUUGCUUAUGAGGGUGGGUACUGCAGUGUAA